AUGACUCAACCAGGAUGGGGGUUGCUGUUCCUAGGCCUCUUGGCCAUGGCUCAUGGACUUCGGAAGGGUAAUGAUCUGCUCAAUGUCUGCAUGGAUGCUAAACACCACAAGUCAGAGCCUGGUCCAGAAGAUGACCUUCAUCACCAGUGUAGCCCAUGGAAGAAAAAAGCCUGCUGCACAGCAAACACAAGCCGUGCUGCCCAUGAAGACACCUCCCACCUGUACCAGUUCGACUAUAACCACUGUGGAAAGAUGACUCCAGCCUGCAUGCGCCACUUUAUCCAGGACAAUUGUCUCUAUGAAUGCUCCCCUAACUUAGGACCCUGGAUCCAGCCGGUGUCCUCAAGCUGGAGGAGGGAACGGAUGCUCAAUGUUCCCCUGUGCAAGGAGGACUGUGACCAGUGGUGGGAGGACUGCCAAACCUCAUAUACCUGCAAAGAGAACUGGAACAAAGGCUGGAAUUGGACUUCAGGGAUUAACCAGUGUCCAGUUAAGGCUGCCUGCCACCCUUUCACAUUUUACUUCCCAACACCAGCCUCCCUAUGUGAGAACGUUUGGGGUCACUCUUACAUCGUAAGCUCUUUUGGCCGAGGCAGUGGCAAAUGUAUCCACAUGUGGUUUGACCCAGCCCAGGGAAACCCGAAUGAAGCUGUGGCUAAAUAUUAUGCCUUUGCCUUUGCCUCUGCCCCAGGCAUCUUCAGUUGGGGGGCCAGUUUCCCCUUCUUGACUUUGAUACUCCUGUUGCUUUUCUGCGGUUAACCCUCAUCAGGAAUAAAAUCUAACCAAUCUACAUGCAAAACCAUAGCCGAGAUUUACUCCCAGUCUGAGAUCCCUGGACCUCAGCUUCCUGCCUGACACAGCCUGGCUCUCCUGAAACCCUGGCUUCCCAAUCUGGAGUCUUUCCCCUCAAACCUGAGCUUUCUUCUGGGAAGCCUACACCCCCACACACUUUGGAUUUCACAUCCCCCACCCCACUACUGAGGGGGUGAGGGAGAGAGUGCCUCCUUUU